AACUAAUGAUUGACACGAUGUAUGUCUCUCUCGUGAAUAGAUUUCCAAGCUAUGAUCAUUUGAUGGCAUUUUGGUUUUUGAUUGAGCCUUGCAUCUAUAAAAUGAUCCGGGUUUCAAGAGCCAAGUCAGCUGCCAAUAGCAACGAAGAAGUGUUGACACCUGCACGCACAUCAAUGAGGCAGCUGCUACAGCCAAUUGACGAGUUCUUUCUUUUCCUGGUUUUCCUGUCAGUUGGUUUGAAGGAGAGGGACCUGGCACACCGAUUUAACAUACACCAGUCCACAGUGAGCCGCAUUAUUGCAACAUGGACAAAUUUUCUUGCCACUGCACUGGGGUCUCAAUGCAUCUGGCUUACACGUGAAGAAGUGCAAGCUUACCUCCCUGAGGAAUUCAAAGAUUUCUCAGACACCCAGAUGAUCCUUGACUGUACAGAGCUGAGGUGUCAGACACCAUCCUCACCACUUCUCCAAAGUGAAAUGUACUCUUCGUACAAAUCCCACUGUACGAUGAAAGCCCUGGUUGGCAUAGCUCCACAUGGUCCAGUGACAUUCAUUUCUAAUCUGUAUGCUGGUUCGGUUAGUGACAAGGAACUAUUCAAACAAUCAGGCAUUGCUGAGAAGUUGACUGAAGACAUGGCAGUGAUGGUAGAUAAGGGCUUCCUAAUCACCGAUUGUUGUUAAUGCAAAGUGUACUGCCCACCUUUUCUAUCUAAGCAGAAGCAGAUGCCAGCAUACCAGGUUAAGGAGACGCAGGCCAUAGCCAGACUCAGGGUACAUGUGGAGCAAGUCAUUAGGAGGAUAAAACAGAACAAACUUUUUGAUAGCAUUAUUACCAUGUCACAUGUUUACAAUAU